ACAGCACCAUGACAGGCACCGAGCCUCAAGGGCUGAAGUUGAAACGGGAGGUAGGGCUAAUUAGUGCGGUAUCUCUGGUCGCAGGCACUAUGAUAGGAUCGGGGAUCUUUAUGUCCCCCCAGUUUGUGAUGUCCAACGUUGGAAGCCCUGGAGCAAGCUUGAUCAUCUGGGCUGUGUGUGGCCUGGUGACUAUAUGUGCUGCGCUCACUUAUGCAGAGCUCAGUACGAUUUUUAGAGAAUCUGGAGGACAAUUCAUUUACAUACUGAGACUCAAUGGACCCUUGCCUGCAUUCUUUGUGUCAUUCACGGUAAUAAUCGUGCUGAAGCCGUCAAGUAUUGCGGCUGUAUCCUUGAGCUUUGCUCAGUAUGUUGUGGCUCCUUUUUAUCCAGACUGCAUGCCACCUACAUUGGUGGUAAAAUGUAUAGCAGCGGUGGCCAUAUCAGUGGUGGCUUUUGUCAAUAUGUUGAAUGUUCGCUUCGCCAUGGCUAUUCAGACUAUCUUCUUGGUUGCUAAAACUUUGGGGCUCAGUAGUCUUGGAAUGGCUCUGUAUCAGGGACUCUGGUCUUUCUCAGGAUGGAAUAAUUUAGCUGUUGUGCUUAAAGAGGUGAAAAAGAGUUUUGAAUUAGAGUUUGCGUUAAUAUGAUAUAGUUUCAUA